AUGGGUGCUAAGUUCUCCAAAAAGGACAUUGAAGAAUUAGAAGCUGCUGCCAAAACAGGAAACCUCGCAGAAAUAGCAGCAAAGCUGAAGGUGUCUGUAGAGUUGAUAGAAAACACCCAACUCCACAUCGCUGUCACGGGAGAGUCGGGCUCCGGAAAAUCGUCCUUUAUCAACGCCAUCCGGGGACUGGGAGAUGAAGAUGACGGUUCCGCUGAAACUGGGGUGGUAGAAACAACGAUGGAGCCAACGGCUUAUCCCCACCCUGUAUUCCACAAUUUAACAAUGUGGGAUCUUCCAGGAAUCGGGACUCCCAAGUUUCAGGCAGACCAAUACCUCAAAGAGGUAAAAUUCAACAACUACGACUUCUUCAUCAUCAUCGCCUCAGAGCGCUUCACUUCCCACCACACCAACCUCGCCCAGGAGAUUCACAAGAUGGGGAAGAGGUUUUAUUACGUGCGCUCCAAAGUGGAUAAUGACUUGAAAGCUGCAAAAAGGAAAAAUAAUUUCAACCAGGAGAGAACCCUGCAGGAGAUCAGGGAGGACUGUGUAGAGAACCUGAGAGAAGUAGGUGAGGCCUCCCCGCGGGUUUUCCUGCUCUCCAGCUGGGAACUGCACAAGUACGAUUUCCAGCUCCUGCAGGAAACACUGGAGAGGGAGCUGGACGCUCACAAGGGACUCGCUUUCAUACUGGCCCAGCCUGACAUCUCAGAAAAGAUCGUGGAAAAAAAUAAAGUGAAACCACUGAAGCAUAGAUCGAAACGUGCCUCGGUCUCAUCUGCUAUCGCUGCUGAUCCUGACCCAGACUUGCAGCUAAAACCAAGUGACCCAUUGCCAGCAGCUGCC